AUCAUUCCAAUUCCAUGGCUCUUUUCCCUAUCUUCUUUCUCGCUCUUCUUCCCUUCGCCUCUCCUGUUCUCGCCGGAGGCGGUUGGGUUAAUGCUCACGCCACCUUCUACGGCGGCGGUGAUGCCUCUGGAACAAUGGGUGGAGCUUGUGGCUAUGGCAAUUUGUACAGUCAAGGAUAUGGUACCAACACAGCAGCACUAAGUACUGCUCUCUUCAACAAUGGUUUAAGCUGUGGCUCUUGCUUCGAGAUUAAAUGUGUUAACGACGGCAAAUGGUGUUUGCCGGCCACCAUUCUGGUGACUGCCACCAACUUCUGCCCACCAAACAACGCCUUACCUAACAACAAUGGAGGGUGGUGCAACCCUCCACAGCACCACUUUGAUCUCUCUCAACCUGUCUUCCAACACAUAGCCCAAUAUAAAGCCGGAAUCGUUCCCGUUGCUUAUAGAAGGGUACCCUGCCGAAGAAGGGGUGGUAUUCGAUUUCAAAUCAAUGGCCAUUCUUACUUCAAUCUGGUCUUGAUUACAAAUGUGGGUGGUGCCGGCGACGUCCAUGCGGUGGCGAUCAAAGGUUCAAGAACUGGGUGGCAGCAAAUGUCGAGAAACUGGGGGCAAAAUUGGCAAUCCAACUCUUAUCUAAACGGGCAGUCUUUAUCUCUUAAGGUCACAACUAGCGAUGGCAGGACUGUUGUGUCUUAUAAUGUUGCCCCUGCUAGUUGGUCUUUCGGUCAGACCUUCAGUGGUGCCCAGUUUCACUAAAAAGACAUCCCUACCUCUCUCUCUAUACAUAGCUAGUAUUAAUUCAAUAACCAAGUGACUUUAUAUAUUUUGAAAAGGUCGUUUUGGUUUUUAGGGGUACCCUCUAUUCGAAGGGUAUUCUCUUUUUGUUUUUUAAUUAUGGGUAUCUAGACCGGCUUCUGUUUAUCUGACUAAUCCAAGAGAAAAAAAUCCUCAGUGAUGUUGCAAGAAUCGAAACGGUGACCUUUAAGAUAUCUAUCUUCUUUUGCCUAAAAUUGUUUCUCCUGUUUAAAGAAGGGGAAGGAAUGGGCAGUGGUGGACUUUAACCACCCGCAAGCACUACUAGUAGUUGAAGAUGUCCUUAUUUUGUAAUGAUUCGAAUUUUCAAGGUACUAAGUUGUAAAUUUCAUGGUUUUAUGGGUGGUAAUGGAAAGUAGCUAGAACUUAUUAUGUUA